AUGAUCAUCUCCAACAUGCUCAAGGCCGAUCGACGGAUGCUGUCGCAGCUGUCGUUGGACGAGGCCAACAGAUAUGUGGCGGGUGUGAUCGCAAUCGAAAGAGAGCAGCAAGGACCGUUCGCCUCUUCUGUACAGCUCUACAUCACCCGAAUCCUCACAACACUCUUUGCGUCCGAAGAGCCACGAGAAGCAGCAGAGGUGCUGCUGGCUGUGGGUCUCUCCACAGUGUCAGACCUGACAGCGCCUUGGCCUGGCACGACCCAGGCCGUCGAAGUGCAACGAACUUCCGCCAAUCGGGACGUGAUCGAGCAUGCAGCGCGCUGUAUCGCAAACGUUGCCGUGAACGAAAAUCUGUCGGAGGCCAUCAUGUCGGAGGGCGGACUGGAGAUCUUGGACAUGGCCAGAGGCCUGGGGCCUGCGUCGCCCCAGCUGUGCCGCGCGAUUGCCAAUCUGGCGAAGAGCGAGCUGUGCAAAGAUCGGCUCGUGUCUCUGGGUUGGCUGCGGCAAAUACGUAACUGGUUGAUGUCACCGGACCCGAACAUGCAAAUCACCGGCCUGGCUGCCCUCGCCAACUUGGCCUCACCCGCCAUGAACGGUUUGGACUUUGUGAACGAAAUCGCCGCCCAGGUUGGGCUUGAGCCGCUCAAGCGCCUGAUCGACGAAUUCCCAAAGCACGGCCCACGACCAGCCAGCGCCAAGCAAUGGAUGCUGUCCGAGAUGCUGCUGCGCGCAGUGGCCAACAUCGUCGUUCACGUUCGCUGUGUGCUGACGACCGACGAUCGUAAUCCAGAUCGCUUCGCAGAAGAGCUCAGCAAAGCCGUGGCCGAACGCGGUGUACACUCGGAGCCCUGUUGCCCAUUCUGGGACCACCGUGGCACCGAUGGCGGCCACUACGAGGCCCUGGGACUAACCACUGGUCUUCAGGCCGCACGCGAGGCGGCUCGCGCGUUGGCAAACAUGGCAGCCCACGAGCACCUCGCACCGACUGUGCUCGCGCUCCACCGGUCAGAGCUGAUCGAAUUGGCGCAACUCGAGGACCUGGUGGUGCGAGAGCAGACCGCCCGAGCACUGGCCAACCUGGCAUCCUACCGUCCCGAGGGCUUGCAGGAGGACAUCCGCAUCGAAGCGAUCCUGAACUCGUGGCUCCAAUCGCCCGAGUCCACAAUCAAAUCGAACGCCGUCCGCGCACUGGCGUCGAUCACCUUUGCCACGCUGUCGGGCGCAAAGUACGGGGAGGGAGUGCACCUGCUGUACCCGGGCCUCGACGCGCUCACCGAUCCAGAGAAGGCCAAAGAAUUCAGCCGCGACCACCAGUACGACAUCGUCUUCCUCCACGGCGUGACGGGCCACCCGUUCACGACAUGGGCCUCGGGCAAUGGUAUUGAGGACGACGAGGCCGAGGGCUUCGAAUGCUGGCCACGCGAAUGGCUUCCCGAGGACCUUCCCCACAGUGGCCGAAUAAUCUCGGUGGCCUUCGAUCUCUACCUGAGCGGCUGGUUCGGCGAAGGCGAGCCCGCAUCGCACUACGCCGUCAAGAUCCUCCGUUCGCUCAAGAUGGCCGCCGUGGGCUCCAAACCGCUUCGGCGGGCUGAUCGUCAAAGAAAUACUACGACUCGCCGAGCAGGACCCCAAGGCCCGGCGGCUGUUACAGAAUACCGUGGGCGUCGUGUUUUAUUCCACGCCGCAUUCGGGGGUCGAGCACGUGGCGUGGUCGUUCCCGCAUCUGCACCACCUCCUCUUCCGGGCCAACCCGGCGCUCGACGACCUGCACGACGGAUCGGAACAGCUGCUCGAGCUCAACCGCCAUUUCGCCACGGCCGGCUCGCACAUCUCCACCCUCUCCUUCGGCGAGGAGGCCACCUGCUUCGGGACGCGCUUCAAUUGUUACCAGGUGGUGGAUGA